AUGAAGGACUUUGAAGCACGGUUGCCAGGCGAGCUUAAGGCCUUCGCAAAGCAGUCUCAAGAGUUCAGACUCAAGGCCGCGGAGGAGCACGAGCUCGUCGAGAAACUCCUCCAGCUUCUUGUUGAGAAGGAAAAGACCAAUGAGAAACUCCGAUUUGACCUCGAUGACCAAUUCGAGAGUCGUCGUCUCUGGCAGAAGCGAGCAACUGAUGUCGAAUCACGAAUUACAAGUGCACAACAAAUCCUCGUUCUAAUUGACGGCAAUCAACAUUUCUUCAAACAUGACCUCAUAAGAGCAGGGACAUCAGGAGCAAGAGACGCGGUGCGGGCGUUGAUCGAGGAGGCAAAAGAGUUUGCGGCUCAACAGCACAAGAACGACCUACCCGACAACAUUUCCGUGGUAGUGCACAUUUUCUCUGAUAUUGGGCGACUGGCCAGAGAUCUUUCUGAUGCGAAUCUUUUGCCUGAGCUCGACCAACUCUGGACUUUCAUCCAAGAUAUUUGCAAGACAGAGCCAUGCCUUACAGUCAGUGAUUGUGGUGCCGGCCAUGAGGCUGUGGAUGCAAAGUUGAAGCAAUUCUACGAAUUGCACAUCGAGAAUUGUCAUUGCAGGCAUUUAUUUCUGGCUCUCGGCCACGAAUCCGAGUACUACAAAAUCCUGCAAUUGUACAGUGAUGAUGAAUGCACAAAGGGAAAGACCUCUCUGACACGGCCAGCGAACGGCUUUCCUUCUGGGUUCAACUCACCAUUUCACACCGUCGAGUUUUCGGCUCUGGAAAGUAUCCCGUCAGGUGCUGGUUUUGGUUCGCAUGUUUUCCAAAAUAUCAGUGGCCAAGCCUGGGAUGCAGAAGACACCAAUCAUACCCGCGAAGACCAUGCAUAUGGCCCAAUACCAGUCCCAAAUAUUGUUUCUACCGCGGCAACCCAAGAUACCAAUGCUUUCUCCUCCAACCCAAAUAUAGAGAUGGAGAUCCCCAGUACUGAACAGCAGUUACCUUCCUCGGCCAUCGAGCCAGAGAAUAUUGGUCAUGUAUACGAUGAUACCAAUAGCAAAGCGAACCAUCUAGAAGAUCCAAGCGGUGCUGGUGUUGUGAAGCUCCAAGGCUCUAAUCACUCCUCUUCUAAGUCUGACAAAGCGGUCGAACAGAGCUGGGAGACCAGCACGACCGGGAAUGUAUACGUUCCGGCUCCUAUUCAAGGUCCCUGGGGUGAAGAAGACACGACAUUAAAUGGAAAGGGAAGCUAUCAACAGCAAAGUCAUGAUACAAAUAUAUGGAGGAACCAAGCGGCUUCCCCAUCGCCUACAUAUCCCCAAGGGGAAUCCAAUGGCGUAAUCGAGCAAUCACAGAGGCCAGCGAGGAGAAAUGAUCGUUGGUCUUCUGAUCAUUCUCCACGUACGUCAAGAAGAAUUCCUCGACAAUUCGAAGGAUCCUGGGACGACAUGAUUCAAGACGAGCAAAAACUGGCUCGAACUCAUGUUUCUUCGCCCUUACCUACCCCUGCAUCGGCACCACCGCCAACGCCGAAACAGGUUCCCAAAUCCAACGGUUUCUUGGCAUCACCAUUUAUUCGUAAAGUUCCGACGGAGCCUGACCCCAACCCCAAUCAACGUCCAAUUCGAUCACCCAUCGCUCUCAACAAGCUUGAUGAACGUAUUGACCUCGUACUCCCUCGACCUACGAAAGAGGACCAGGAACUUUUCAACCGUCGCACAAAGACCCGCCGGCUGUGCAAUGAACAUCAUUUGAGGUCGAAAUGCAACAAUCCAAGAUGUCCACACGAUCACGAAGAGAUCACGGACGGUAUGUAUCUGGUACUUCGGCAUAUGGCCCGCAAGGCAGCAUGCAGCAUUGGCCCAGACUGUCGCCGCCACGACUGUUUCGCGAGCCAUCAUUGCUCCAAUGUUUCGAACGUGUCGUCUUGCGCCAGGCCCAAUUGUCCUUUUAGAUCCCGAAGAAUGCAUGAGAUCACCGACUUCGAAGUGGUGAGGAAAAUUGAACCACCUGCAUCGGAAGAAGCAUGA